GUGAGCUUAUGACCUUCACCCCGAGAUGACCUCAAACUGACAGUCGUUGGAAAGAUGUCGAUGCGUCGGCGGAACAGUUUCUACAGGACAUUUAAGAAUGUCAUACCUGAAUAUGAUAAUUAUGUUAUGGACAGAGGAUUAACUGCUGCUGCACAGAACAAAUGGGUUUUCGAAAUUGCAUGGGAAGUUGCAAAUAAAGUUGGUGGUAUCUACACCGUGAUCAAGUCAAAGGCACCUGUGACUGUCGAGGAACUUGGAGAGCAGUACUGUCUACUUGGGCCAUACAAUGAAUCAUGUGUUCGGACCGAGGUGGAGUUGCUGGAGCCACAGACUCAUGUGUUCAGAGAGACAUUACAGACCUUGAGGGAUGCAGGCAUCAAGGUUUAUUUUGGAAGAUGGUUGAUCGAAGGAUACCCCAAAGUGGUACUUUUUGACAUUGGAUCUGCUGCCUGGAAAUUAGAUGAGUUCAAACAUGAGUUAUGGGAGAAGGCCAACAUUGGAGUACCUUGGCAUGACCGAGAAUCUAAUGAUGCUGUUAUAUUUGGAGCUCUAGUGGCAUGGUUUAUUGGAGAGUUCAGGAAGAAUUUAGAUGACAGUCCUCUAUUGAUUACACACUUCCAUGAGUGGUUGGCUGGAGCAGGACUUAUCUACCUACGUACCAGGAAAGUGGACACUGCUACAAUAUUUACUACUCAUGCAACUCUGCUUGGGCGCUACCUGUGUGCUGGGAGCACAGAUUUCUACAACAAUUUAGAAAAGUUUAACCUUGACAAGGAGGCAGGUGACCGUCAGAUCUACCAUAGAUACUGUAUGGAGCGGGCAGCAGUUCACUGUGCUCAUGUGUUUUCCACUGUGUCGGAGAUUACUGGUAUUGAGGCUGAACAUCUACUGAAGCGAAAGCCAGAUGUGAUUCUUCCAAACGGUUUGAAUGUUGUCAAAUUUAGUGCUAUCCAUGAAUUCCAAAAUCUACAUGCGAUCUAUAAAGAAAAAAUCCAUGACUUUGUAAGAGGUCACUUUUAUGGGCAUUAUGACUUUGAACUUGACAAGACUCUUUAUCUCUUCACUGCUGGGCGAUAUGAGUUUUCUAACAAAGGAGCUGAUGUGUUCAUAGAGGCUCUGGCCCGACUCAAUCACUAUCUAAAGACUUGCGGAAGUGACAUGACUGUGGUGGCAUUCCUUAUUUUCCCAGCCAGAACAAAUAAUUUUAAUGUGGAGUCACUUAGAGGUCAGGCCAUUGCUAAACAGUUAAAGGAUACUGUUCAGCAUGUACAGAAUCAGAUUGGCAAGAGGAUGUUUGAGAUCUGUCUUAGGGGAAACCUACCAAAUGGUGAGGACAUACUUUUACAGGAUGAUGUUGUGAAGCUGAAGAGGUGUAUAUACACUGCUCAGCGACACAAUCUACCUCCCAUCUCCACACACAAUGUUGUGGACGACUGGAAUGACCAAGUACUGAAAGCACUCCGUAGGUGUAAGCUCUUCAACAAUCGUGAUGAUCGAGUCAAGGUAAUCUUCCAUCCUGAGUUCCUCAACUCCACCAACCCCUUGUUUGGCCUGGACUAUGAGGACUUUGUACGAGGCUGCCACAUGGGUGUUUUCCCAUCCUACUAUGAGCCCUGGGGAUACACACCAGCUGAGUGUACAGUGAUGGGCAUCCCCAGUAUAACAACCAAUCUGUCUGGGUUUGGUUGUUUUAUGCAUGACCAUAUAGUUGACCCCAAGUCCUACGGAAUCUACAUCGUAGACCGACAGAAGAAAGGUUUAGAGGAAUCCAUACAGGAGCUGGCUCAGUACAUGUUUGACUUCACCUGCCUGUCAAGGAGACAGAGGGUUAUACAGAGGAACAGAACUGAACGACUCAGUGAACUGCUUGAUUGGAAAAACUUAGGAGUGUACUACAGGAAAGCCAGACAUAUAGCAGUGACACGGACGUACCCCGACGCAUUUGAGGAUGGAGAUAACCUGUCAGAAAAAUCAGGAAAGAAAUUCAUGUACCCGAAACCAGCCUCCGAGCCUCCGUCGCCGUCAAUGUCAAGGUCCUCCACUCCUGUCCCCUCCGAUACAGAAGAUCUUGACCAUGAUGAUGACCAUCUAGAUGAUGAUGAAGACUUUGAUGAAGAUCCAGAGGCUGAUCAGCAGACUUGAAAUAAUGGGUCAUAGAACGAAGGGAGGUAACUCUUGAAGGAGUGAAUAUGCUAAUUGAUGGAAUGACACCGGUGUAGCACGAAGCUUUACGUAGAGUAACUGUGUUGUAUCUAGCUAGACUAGUCAAAUUUUGUGUACAAAAAGGGGAUAGUUAAUUUAGAAAAUAUAGUACUCAAUUGAUCAUCAUUCAUGAAAAUCCUUUUGAUCAAAAUAGUAUUUUAAGCAGACAAUUGGUCAGUUGUAAAACAUUCGUCAUUAAACCACUAUAUUUUAUACAUGUAACAUCAGAUGUUUGAAAGUAAACAUUGAUAAUGAUACCGGUAAUAACCUGUUGUUGAUACUACUUGCCUGGAUGAAAAAGUAUGUGACUAUUGAUUGGUUAUGUAUAUUAGAAGUUACUGGAGGGGAUUUGUAAUUGGUUGUGUAUAGAAAUUUAUGCAAUUUUGAGUUAAAUAUUCCAGAGAACUUGUUAAUCCAAAUAUAGCAUAGUAAUCAACAUGUUUUCUUUAAAAUCUUAUUUUGGUGUAGUUUAUGCUUUCUUUUUCAUUUUUUUUCUCAAAGAUUAAACACACUAGUUGCUUUAAAGUCAUAAACUCUAUUUAACAGCUGUAUUUACAAGUCUUCUGAGGGCUGUUUUUGGCAGCUAGGUCCCCUAUUAUAUUGUGAACAAAAAUGUAUUUAUUGUAACGAACUCAUGUUAUGGAUUCUUCCUUAAUUACCUCCCUUUGAACGAAUUUUCUGCAGUGUCUUCAUUUUUUGAAAAAUAUUUCGAAGAUUUGUAUUGUUUGAAAAUCAGAAAUUUACAAUAUUUUAAAAAUUGUUAUUUUAUAUUAAUUCUUCAAAAUCCACAGUGAUGCAUAUUUUAAGGAUUUCUUAUUGGGCACAUAGAAAUUCCUUUGACAAAUCUUUUAAACAGCACUUUCUGAUGAAGUAAAUGAAUUGUUUAAAUUUUAGUAAAAAAAGUUUAAGUUAAGAUUUAAGUCCAUGUAAAAUAAAUGGAGCUUCCCUCCAAUUUAAGGAGAUUAAUGAGUAUGGUGAAAGGGUGAUUCCAUGAAGACACAAAACAUUUAAUGAUAAAAAGAAAAUCUAGAAAAUCUUUUUUUCUUUUUUCUUUUUUUCUUUUUUUAGUACAUUGUACAACAUAAAGUGUAAUCAAUUGCCUGGCAGGUUAAUUUACAAUUCCUGUCAAAAGACCUGCAGUAUGUCACAUAUUAUGUCAUUUAAGCAUGGUCAUUAAAUGUGGUCAUUAUUACUUUGUGUACUGAAGAUAGUUGCAGUUCUAGCCAGUGUUUUAGGAGAGAUGAAUUAGCGAUUGGUCCAUAUUAUGGAGAUUUUAAUGUGUCCUGUCGUUGAUAGCAUUUAUCAACCGUUUGGCGAACACUAUAUAUUGAUAUAUAGGUAUUUUAAGUUAAUGUAUUGUAUGGAACGAGCUGUUAUGUGAAGUACUGGAGAGUUAAAUGUGAGAAUCUUAGGACAGGAAUGUUUGGACAAUCAUGAGAUAUUUAUGAGCUGGUUAAAAGUCCCAGUGUUAGAUAAAGUGAUGAAUGUGUCAUUGAUGUGGAUUGCUUUAAAACCUUAAACCAAAGAAGUGCUGAAUUCAUAGACUGUGAUUCCUUUGAAAGAGUGUGCAGCCGUUGCAAAAUAAUAUAUCUAUUGGAUUCAUGUGAAGGUAAUUAGUUGUCUGGACUAUCUAGGGAUGAUGAUUGAUGUUCCAUUGCUUUGUGUGGUCACAGUUACUGACCCACAUCGUCCUCUGUCCUUGCAUCCUUUAUCUUUUCUAAUGGAUAGUGAUUACUACUUGUCUAUAGUAUUACUGUUACUAUUAUUGUUGUAGUAAUAAAGAAAAAGUAAGCUCCCUUUAGCGUUAUGCUGAGGCAUAAAUUUCCUGUUUUCAGAUAUGUACAAUUAGAAAUUAUUGCAUUGAUGAAAAUAACCUCAGCGUUAUCAGAAGAAUGCAGAAAAACUCUUAAAUAAGAUUCUUUUAGAAGUGUAUUGCUGGAUUUUGGUGUUUUGUACAUAACUGAGAGUAGUAGUUAUCUCCCUUGGUUUCCUUGCUCGCUUUCAUUUACCACGGCCAGAAUGGUUUGAUGGAUUGGAGUUAUUUGUUUAUAAAAUAAGGAUGGACCUGUUGAUGUGUUGAUUUUGAGCAAACCUUGAUAAAGAUCUGCAGAUUCGUCAAGAUUUGCACUGAAUUGUAACAAUGAUAAAGAUGAAGAAAGGGCUGUCACCAUAGAUUUAAAUGCCCUGGUCUCGAAAUAAAUGUCAACAUUCAGUCACAUCAUACAGCAAGAAUAGGGAAGAUCAUCCUGAAAAACAAACUUGCAAAACAAAUUUUGUAAUAUUAAUCGACAUAUCAAGAGGUUUCUGUUACUUUCGUAGUCAUUUUUAUAUUUAAUAUAUGGUAUAUACAUGUACAUAUAUAGACUAUUACAGAGGUAAGUAUUUACAUAAACUAGUUAUUUUCUGUGUUACAUUUAUUAAUAAAGCACAUAUUUGGUAACUUUUGAUAAAGCUAUGUGUAGCUAUAAAGUCAUAAGUAAGGAUUUCAUUUGUACGGGAGAAGUCUGAAAAACCUGUCUUCGGACAUAAAUAAGAAUGACCUGAUCUUCUAUUGGAAAAUUUUGCUGUGUUUGUCUGGCAGUCUUUUUGUUCUGGAAUUUUGUUAUGGUAUAUCCAGAAUUAUAUAAAAGUUGCUCUGUGAUAUUUCUGUACCCUGGUGUGCUGGUGUUUACAUGAAAAAAUGAUACCAUGUCUUAAAAAAAAAGUUAAUAUUUUUUUUUUGUGUACCGGGGUAAAUGAAAAUUAUUCAAUAUUUGCAUUGAAUCUUAUUUUUUAACUACAACAUAUGUAGUUUGUUACCUUUAAACUGGUAGUGAAAGCUAACAUUAUCUAUGAUUAAUUUCUACCUGAGGUAUUGCUUACAAGAUUAUGUUAUGGUGCUAAAUAUGCAGAUAACAUUGACACUACUAACAGCACAUUGUGGCUACAUUGACUUGGGAGAUAAAUUAUCCUAAAUUAAUCUGAGGCAAGCUUCGUUUACAGAUGUUUAACAUAUUAUUAUAUAUAUUAGAUAUAUAAGAUAGAUUAUUAACGUUGUCUGUUACAUUUGCAAUAUCGGUUACACCUGUUUGUUUGUUGUUAGAACCUAUACAGGAAAAGUGGGUUAUAUCAGUGAUGUAUAUAAAGGUAUGUCUUAAGAUUUAGGUCAGAGACAUGAUAUACAUCCAUGUUAUUGUUUAGGCUCAGUCGGCUCAGUCUAUGUGAUACAUGUAUCUUUUUUGAAAUUUGAAAAAAAAUAUUGUUAAAUCUUUUACAUUUGAAUCUCGCUAAACCCCAACCACCACUAAUCCAGGUGCCCUAGUUGUUUUAGCAGAUUUUCUGUACAAAAUGUCCAGUCAUUUCAACAUCCACUAACUUUUUCUGGGAACAUAAAAGACUGGGCUUAUUAAGAAUACAGUUUGUAUGAAUAUGCCUACAGGACAGUUGUAAUUUUCGAUGUUUCAACAAUAAUUUCUUUGGAGUCUGAAAUUAUCUUUCUUGAAGAAAAUUGCCAAAAAUAACAAAAAUAUCUAGAUCAAUGAAAAAAUGCAUCUCACUUAAAAAAUGAAAAACAUUUUGCAUUUUCCAUAUAAUAGACAUCUACUGCAGUGUUGAAGAUUUAAACUUAAGACAACUAUGUAUACAGAUGUACAUCUUAUAACUAUUAACUCCAUCAUAAUACCCUGUCUUAUUAGUGCUACACCCGAGUUUCAGAGAGAUAUAAAGAGCAGUAGAUUUGACCCAGGGGUCCUGAUUAAACCUUGACUAAAGUUCAAAUUUGACUUGUUUUUAGGGUCAAAUCAAAGAGUCCAUUUUACUUGCAUUGUUUUACAAGUUCAAACUGAUGUCCAAGAGAAACACUUUCUUAUACAUUAGAUUGAACUGAUUCACAUUAUCCCUGGACCUUGAGAAUGUUUUUUCAUAUUUCAUUUCCCAAAAACUGAUAGAGGAAUUUUAUUGCUAUCUUUAUCUCAAUUACUAAUGGUAUUUUAAUUAUUUUCAAAUCAAAAUGUAAUUAUUACUAGUCAGAACUGCUGUUUUAUUGAACAUAUACACUCAUAUAGGUAUUAUUUUUCUGUGCGUAAUAAAAAGUUAUUUCUUUGUGCAUGUCUUUUUCUAUGGUUUAAUGUCAAAGUCCUUUUGUUACAGUCCUUUUCUCUGCAGAAGGCCAUGGCAUUGAAUCAGACCUGUUUUAUGUUGUUUCCUAUCGAAGCUUUUAAAAUGAAAAGAAAUUUUAUAUUAAUUAAAUAAGAAGUAUUUAACAAUGACUAUUUUGUGUGUGAAUUUGUAGUACUUUAAACUUUGUUACCUACUUUAUAUACAGUCACAAUGAAACGCUGUUUUAAACGUCGUUAUGAGAAUGUUACCAAUGUACAUGUUUCGAUGAAUCCCCUGUAAUAGAAAGGUUCCUGUUUAAAUAUUAACCGCUGUAUUUUACUUGCAGGACACCAUUUUUUUUUCAAUUUAAUAACGAGUCAAAUUAAUUGGAAAAAGUUGUUAAACAUGAUUAUCAAGAUGUGGAAAUUGUCCAUAUCUGUUAGCAUACCUGUCAAAGUGAAUGUAACUGGUAGGCGGGAUUUAUUGGGAAUACAUUUUAUAUGUACAUGUAUGUAUACAUUAUUAUCGGGAUUUAUAAAUAGUUAAAUGAUAGUAGUGUUAUAUUAUAGACACAAGUACCCUGGUUAUUUGGUGCGGGAGAAUCGUUAUUAAUGAAAGUAGUCUUAUACUCAGGUGUACCCUGGAUUGCUAGUAUGAGAGUUGUUUAAUGAUAAUAGUGUUAUAUUAUAAAGUACCAUGGUUUAUUGGUAUGAGAGAUUCAUAUAAUGAUGAUAGUAUUAUAUUUUAGACUGGGAUUCCCUGGUUUGUUCGUAUAACAGUAUAUUUUCGUAAGUGUGUUAUCGGAUAUGCUUUCCUUGCCUUUGUGCAUGCACGCAUAACACUAUUACGAUUUACAUCAUAUAUCAAUUGUAUUACUAAAACACUUGUUUGUUUGCUUGUUACCCUACCAUAUACACUGUAUAUCCCUCAAUAAUCUCUCAAUUAAAAGUGCUGACAUAGCUUAAAUAUGAAAAA